CCUACCCAACCCCGACAUCCCAGGACUUACAGACACAACUCCUAAUCUGAAGCCCAUACAACUCGCCCUCAUUGCUCCCCUUUGGUAACACAACCUGGAUCCUCAACACCACCACCACCACCACCACCUCCCCAACCUGUAACACGCAAACACACAUGGAUCAGCGGACUCAGGGGGGACCCACCACGCCACCCCCCCUCCCCGCCGGCACGUCUCCCUCGGGCGAGCGCGAGAAGGAGGGCGCGGGUAGCGGCAAGAAGGAGGAAGAGGAGGAGAAGAGGAAGAAGGAGCGAGAGGGGGCGCCAGCGCAGCAGCAGCAGUCACAGCAGCAGCAGCAGCAGCAGCAGUCGUCGUCAGAACCUGGCGCAGCAGGCGGAGGGGGCACCGCCGAGGCCCCGACGCCAGGAGCCGGCGACCCGUCGCAGCCAGGGCAGCAGUCCCCACAUUUCUCGGUCAAGGAGGCCACGUACAACGAGGGCAACGUCAAGAUGAAGAUCGGCCUGCAAGCCACCAAGCGCAUGAAGAAGCCGCCCAAGAUCCUGGGGGACUACGUGUGCCGGCCGGCCUUCCGGGCCACCGUACGGCACGCGGGGAGAGGCGGUGGACGGGGCAGCCGGGGGUCGGCGGCGGCAGGAGCAGCUGGGGCCAACGACGCCCCGACUACCACGCCAGCUCCGACCGCCACCAACAGCACCACGACAACUGCCAAUCCUGGCAACACUCCCAUGGCUGGCGGUGGCCACACGCAGAGCCCGUCGCACGGCAAAGAGGCGGAGAAGGGACAGAGUGUCACCGCCAGGUCCGCUCCGUCUCCGGCACAGACGCCGCCACCUCAAACCCCACCCAUGUCCACCAGCCCCGUCGCACCAGUCAACGGGAGCCCACCGGCUAAGAGGGCUCCUCCAAAGCUGGUCAGCAAGUCUGAGGGCAAGCCGGAAGGGAAGUCUGCGUCCUCCUCCUCAGAGAGACCCCUAAACCUCCACCGACCGCUUCCAGACACAAAGUUGCACUCCUCCUCCUCUUCCUCCUCCUCCUCUGCCAAGAAACCCCCUCUGGCCCCCCAACAACCCACCACCCUGCCCAGCCGCAGCCCCACUCCCCCCACCGCAACCCCUCUCAACCAAACACCCCCCGGCCUCGACCCCAAGAUGGAGGGCGUCAUGAUGAAGCCUCCCCAGUUCCCGUUCGGAGACGCCCAGCGAGGCGGGGCCGACGACCGAGGCUUCCCGGCAGGUUGGGCCGGCGGCGCAGGUGGGAGCCCGGGCAACUCCACUGUCACGGAGAAGCUGGCGCAGCUCAUCGCCACCUGCCCGCCUUCCAAGCUGCCCAAGCAGCCCAAGGUGCGCAAGCCGUCCCCCUCCUCCUCCUCCUCCUCUUCCUCCUCCUCUUCCCAGUACAGCAACUCCAUGCCCCUCAUCUCCAACCUCCAGAGGCCGGAGCGGGCCAUGGCUAACAGGGCCACCUACUCCAGGAUCCAGCAGCACCACCUGUCCCCUCCCAUGCCCGUGUCUCGGCCGCCCGGCAGGCCCUACGGCUCUCGGAACAAAGACAGCGUGAUGGACAAGCUGAGCUCCGGGCCCAGGAAAGAGGAAGGAGACGGCGGCUUUAAGGGCAACACCAGCAGCAGUAGCAGCAACAGCUGUUCAGCCCCAGCAACCCUUAACAACAACAACACCACCACAGGCACCAGCUCUGCCCUGCCCUACGGCAACAGUCGCCUAGUAAGCGCUGCUAAUGACAACAACAACAACGAAGGCAACAACAGCAACGGCAGCAGUAACAGCAGCAACGCGAAGUCUCAAAUGCGGCUCUCGCACGGUUCGCCGCACUCGUCUACCUCACCCUCGCUGUCCUCCUCUUCAUCCUCCUCUUCCUCCCUGUCCUCCGAGCAGAGAAUAGGAAGCAUGUCCUCGUCACACACGGGGGCCUCCUCCAUGUUAGGCCCCCGACCGCCGAGGCCCAGUCCCUCACGCACGGCGGAGGACAGCGGUGACAAGGACAGAGAGCGCGAGAACAACAAGGACGGCUGUGGCGGUGGCGGCCCCAGAGACUUCAGCAAAGGGCCGUCUCCCGCGCGGAUGAUGAUGAUGGGCAAGUUUGAGAAAGAGAGAGGUCUGCUGCCUCUGUCUUCCAGAGGGGAGCGCGGGAAGAGCUCCAGCCCGGCCAGCCGGCAGAGCCCCAUGCACGAGAGCCGCUCCACCAGCCGGACGGCGAGCCCCGCCGAGCACGGCGGCAAUCGCAAUCGGAACGUCUCCCCGUCGGAGGCCCCGAGCUGCAGCCCGCCGCCCUCCCUCCGCGACGACUCGCCGCCGGGCUCCCCCGCCUCCCCGGGCGAGCAGGACAACAAGCCGCUGAAGAAGCGCAGAGGGCGACGGCCGCGCUGGACGCGCGUGGUCAACCGCUCUCAAAAGAGCGCCCAGGAGGCCGGCCUCAGCCCCGUCAAGCCCGGCGGCAUGCCCAUGUCGUCGGCGGGGUUGGCAGGAGAGCUGGGCAUGGUCAACCCCCAGCAGCAGCCCAUCCGCAGGCCCGUGGGCCGGCCGCCCAACCCCAAUAAGGUGUCCGCCUCCCGCGUGGCCCAGCUCUUCGACUCCCCACCUAGGAAGCGUGGGCGCCCCAAGUCCAAGAUGCCCCGGCUGGACGCUCCGGCCCGGGGACGAGCCCCUCUCAAGCUGGCCACCGCCAAGGUCUUCUCCAUCCUCAAGUCGAAAGAGGAGCAGGACCCGCCGGUGCUGCACCCGGAGGUGGACCUCAACCCGCCCAAGCCCAUGCCGCGCAAACGGGGUCGGCCCAAGCGCCUGCCCCCGACGCUGCCCCAGGAGGGACAGCCGCCCACGCUGGCGCCGGAACAGGGGGGCGAGUCCGGCGACAAGGCGUUCCGCAGCAAGGGCAACGGGCAGCUGAUGAUGAAGACCAUCAUCGGCAAGAUCAACAAGAUGAAGACGGUGAAACGCAAGCGGCUCCUGAGCCAAAUUCUCCUGGGCUCGGGGGUGGCGGCCGAGGCGGAAAGCCGGGGGGCCGCGAGCAGCAGCAGCGGCGUCGUGGGCACGGUGGCAGCCGCCACGCAGUCCCUCUCCACGCUGGCCGCCACGUUCGGGGGCAAGCUGGGCCCCCAGAUCAACGUCAGCAAGAAGGGCACCAUCUACAUGGGCAAGCGUCGGGGCCGCAAGCCCAAGAUGCAGCCCAAUCCGCCGGCCGGCGCGCCCACCCCUCCCCCCGAGCCCUUCCUGUCUCCCAACACCUCGUCGCCGCACCAGUCUCUGCACCAGUCCCACCACCACCACCACCACCACCAGCUGCCCCCCACCGACGUCUUCCCCUCCCCCUCCCUGUCGCAGUCCAGCGGUGGCCAGAGCCCCAUCAGCGACGGCAGCUUCGUGGAGCCCGGCUCGGUGCACUGCACGCACUGCAGCCACCCCCACCACCACCAGGGCCUCCACUCGCACUCGCACCCGCACCCGCACCACCACUCCCACUUCCCCUUCGCCCCUCCCACCUUCUCGGCGCCCUCGCCGCGUUCGCUCGGAGGGCCCCUGGGCGGCGGUGGUGGUGGCGGCUCGUCGUCGUACUCGGCGUCUCAGAAGAAGUCCUCGUCCCACCGCGGCUACCACCAUCACCACCACCACUACCGGCCGCACUACCACCACUACCGCAAGGUGUCCCCGCCGCGCCCGCUGCUGCCCACCUCGCCCGCGCCGCUCAGCGAGCUCAAGGAGGCCACGCCCUCGCCCGUCAGCGAGUCGCACAGCGAGGAGACGGUGCCCAGCGACAGCGGCAUCGGCACCGACAACAACAGCACGUCGGACCGCGGCGAGAAGGCCGGCGGAGCGGGAGGCCUGGGCGUGGGCGGCAUCCCGCAAGGCGUGGCCAGCGGCCUGCUCAUGCCGGGCGUCAUGGGCUCGGCGGUGGGCAUGGGGGCGGGACUCAGCCCGCGCGGUCGCAAGAGACACGCCUCCUCCGUGCUGAUGGACCGGCCCUCUCCCUCGCCGUCUCCGCUGGGCGCCUCGCGCUCCUCGCCGGAUCCCCGGCGGGCUCACCCCGCCGCCGGCCCGGCCUCGGCACUGGCCGGCCACAAGGAGAAGCACAAGCACAAGUGCAAGCGGCGCGGGCACGCGUGCCCGGCCUACGACAAACUCAAGCGGCAGAAGCGCAAGCGCAAGAAGAAGUACCUGCAGCUGCGCUCGCGGCGCCAAGACCCCGACUUCCUGGCCGAGCUCGACGAGAUCAGCAUACGCCUCAGCGACGUCCGCAUCUCCCACCGCACACCCGCCAUGCGUCUGGGCAGCAGCCUGGCGCUCGGGGCCGGUGCCGGAGGCACGGGCAGAGGUGCCACGCUCGGCGGCGGGCGCAGUGGCGGCGGCGCCGGCAACCCUCCGCCGCACCACUACCUGCACCGAGACCUGCUGCCCACCAUCUUCAGACUCAACUUCAGCGGCUACUACUCGCCGCACCCGGCCUACCCCUGCGACUCACUGCACUACGUCCGCAAGCCGGACCUGAAGAAGAAGCGCGGCCGGCCGCCUAAGCUGCGCGACUCCAUGUCCGAGGUGCCCUUCGUGCCCGGCCUGGGCUUCCCGCUGUCCGGCGGCGGGUUCUACCACCCCUCCUACAGCGUCCCGUACUCCUCGGCGCCCCUGGGGUUGGGCUACUACCGCGGUUACCCGCCGGCCAGCGCCCUGUACCCGCACCCGCACCACCAGCCCCCGCACUCGGCCAGUGCCCACCACCCGCACCACUCGCCCUCCUUCCCUCCCCCCCCCCCCCCCUCCUACAUGCACCACCACCCCUCCCACCCGCUGCUGCUCAACCCUUCCAAGUUCCACAAGAAGAAACACAAGCUGUUGCGGCAGGAGUACCUGGGUGCCGCGGGGCACAGCGGCGGGCGCUCGCAGCCCGUCCUGUACCCGCCCAUGGCGCCCGAGCUCUCCUUUGGCUGGCACCACAAACACAAGCACCGGCACAAGCACCGCGAGAGGUGCGGCGGUGCCGAGGAGCAGCACGAGCACGGCAGCGGCGCCGAGAGGGGGGAGCGUGACCGAGGAGAGAGAGAACGAGAAAGAGAAAGGGAAAGAGGAGAGAGGGCGGGAGGAGAUGGCAAGAGCAGGGCAGAAAGGGGAGGAGGAGUUCGCUUUGGGAGAGAUGGCUCGGCGGACAGCGCUAGCAAGCAGACAUCCGCCUCGGCCGCCGCGGCUUCAGCCAACUCUCCUUCGUCCUCCUCCUCUUCCUCGGCCGAGCGCUACAAGCGUAAGGAGGCGUCUGCGUCGGCGUCGGCGUCCUGCCUGGGCCCCUCGCGCCUGGCACUCGGCACCGCCACCGGCAGCAGCAGGGCCCACGGCUCGGCCGACUCCUGGUUCCGAGUGCCUCCCUCAGAGUCCGACUACAGCAAACUGUCGCACCAGUCGGCAUCUGGCGGCCAGUCGACCGCCUUCUCCGACGGCCACGCCGGGGAACAAGGCGGCUGUUCGGACAGCGAGGACGAUGAAGGACUGUCUGCCGCCGAAGAGGAGGAGGAGGAGGAGGAAGAGGAAGAGGAGGAGGCCGAGCCCAGUGCUCAGCAGCACACCAACCUGUUCGCCUCAGCGCUCGGCACGCGGAGCGCGCUGCGACCGGGUCGGGGCCGGAGGCCUGCCGCCCCUACACCAUCCCUGGAUACAGGAAGUCUGUCGCGAUUGGAUAGAAAUCCCCGGAAAGACCGGUCCACCUCGGCCGAGAGGAGAGGAGGAGGAGGAGGAGGAGGAGGAGGAGGUGAGACAGGCGGGAUGCAGACGCGUGGUGGCGUGAACCCGGCCGACUUAAUGGAUUCAGGCCUGCUGUCCCGGCACCACCACCACCACCACCACCAGAUGCUCCAACACCAACAUCACCACCCACACCACCACCACCACCAGCAGCAGCAGCAGUAUCAUCAUCAGCAUCAUCAGCAUCACCAGCAGCAUCAGCACCACCAGGGCCUGCUCCACCCCUCCCUGUCCCACCCGCACUCCUCCUCCGCAGGCAGAGGCUCCUCCAGCUGCUGCCCUUCCCCGCCUCCUCGUCACCCCUCCUCCUCAUCCUCCUCUUCUCGAGGAGGAGGUGGAGGUGGAGGUGGAGGGGGAGUGAGCGGUCCUCCGCUGUCGCCGCAGCCGGCCUCCGGCAAGAACAACAACCUGCACCACGUCAACAAGAUCCUGCGCGCCAAGAAGCUGCAGCGCCAGGCGCGCACGGGCAACAACAUGGUGAAGAAGCGCGGGCCUGGCCGCCCCCGCAAGUACCCGCUGCCCUCGCCGCCCCCCUCGCCGCCCCCGCCUCCCCCCUCACAGCACCCGCUCUACCCCGCCUCCGACAUGGGCAGGCAGAGGGGCGGGGGGUGGGGGGACGCCGGUGGCGACACGGUCUCGGACGCCAUCGAGUCGGUGGUGCAGCAGGGGCCGAAGCGAAGAGGGCGCAAGAGGAAGAGAUGGGAGGAAGAGAGGGAUGAGGAAGAGGAGGAGGAGGAGGAGAGAGCAGGUGGAGGAGGAGAGGAGGGGGAGGCAGCAGCAGCAACAGCGAUGGCAGGACUAGCUGGAGAGGAGAGAGGAGGAGGAGGAGAGGAAGAGGGGGAAGAGGAAGAAGAGGAGGAGGAAGAGGAAGAAGAGGAGGAGCGUGCAGCGGGAAGAGAGGAGGAGGGAGGAGGAGCGAAGGGGAGGACGGGAGGAGGAGGGAGAGCCUGGCUCACUCAGGAGGAGAUGCACUGCUUUCGCAGUGCACUGGAGAAGAAACCUGAAGGCCAGCCGACCCCUCCAGAAGGUCCCACCCCCGCUCCCGUAGAACAGGCCCCGCCCACCCCAGCCGUGCCCAGCCAACGGGAAAAGAGAGCCUCCAGACCCCCCAAGAAGAAGUUCCAAAAGGCGGGGCUUUAUUCAGACGUGUACAAAACUGAAGAUCCUCGUAGUCAGCUGUUGCAGCUGAAGAAGGAGAAGUUGGAGUAUAUUCCAGGAGAGCAUGAGUACGGCCUUUUCCCUGCGCCUAUUCACGUCGGGAAGUACCUCAGACUGAAGCGCAUCGACUUCCAGUUGCCUUAUGACAUCCUGUGGCUGUGGAAACACGACCAGCUCUAUAAGCGGCCUGAUGUCCCUCUCUACAAGAAGAUUAGAUCCAAUGUGUAUGUGGAUGUGAAGCCGGUGUCGGGAUACGAACCCACCACCUGCAACUGCAGAGGUCCCGAGGACCCCACAGAGAAGGGCUGCCAGGACGACUGCCUUAACAGGAUGAUCUUCUCGGAGUGCUCCCCCAGCACGUGCCCAAGCGGGGACCAGUGUGACAACCAGCACAUCCAGCGGCACGAGUGGGUGCAGUGCCUGGAGCGCUUCCGGGCAGAGGGCAAGGGCUGGGGCAUCCGCACCAAGGAGCCCCUCCGCUCCGGACAGUUCAUCAUCGAGUACCUGGGGGAGGUGGUCAGCGAACACGAGUUCAGGAACCGUAUGAUGGAACAGUACUUUGCCCACAGUGGCAACUACUGCCUUAAUCUGGACAGCGGCAUGGUCAUCGACAGCUACCGCAUGGGCAACGAGGCCCGGUUCAUCAACCACAGCUGCGAACCCAACUGCGAGAUGCAGAAGUGGUCGGUGAAUGGUGUUUACCGUAUUGGACUGUUUGCACUUAAGGACAUGCCCAGUGGCACUGAGCUCACUUAUGACUACAACUUCCAUGCCUUUAACACUGAGGAACAGCAAGCGUGUAUGUGCGGCUCGGAGGAGUGCAGAGGCAUAAUUGGCGGGAAGAGCCAGCGAAUCAACGGGCUCCCUAACAAGGCCGGCGGCUCCGGGGCCGGGGCUAGGAGACUGGGCCGCUUCAAGGAGAAGCGCAAGUCAAAACACCAACUCAAGAAACGGGAGGAGGAGUCGAGUGACAGCAGCAAGUUUUAUCCCCACCUGCUCAUGAAGCCCAUGUCCAACAGAGAAAGGAACUUUGUGCUGAAGCACCGCGUCUUCCUGCUGCGUAACUGGGAGCGCAUGCGUGAGAAACAGGAGCUGCUGAAGAGGGAGAGCGAGCGGGAGAGGGAGAGGGACAGCGGCAGCCUCUCGGCCUACACGCGCUGGGGAAACGUCAUCCGAGACGACGGCAACAUCAAGUCAGAUGUGUUCCUGACGCAGUUCUCGGCGCUGCAGACGUCUCGCUCAGUGCGAACGCGUCGGCUGGCCGCGGCGGAGGAGAACACAGAGGUGACGCGCACCGCACGCCUCGCUCACAUCUUCAAGGAGAUCUGUGACAUGAUCACCAGCUACAAGGACUCCACAGGUCAAACGCUUGCUGCUCCUCUGCUCAACCUUCCCUCAAGGAAAAGGAAUUCGCAGUACUAUGAGAAGGUGUCGGACCCUCUGGAUCUGACCACCAUAGAGAAGCAGAUCCUGACGGGACACUACAAAACCGUGGAGGCCUUCGAUGCCGACAUGCUCAAGGUGUUCCGCAACGCAGAGAAGUAUUAUGGUCGCAAGUCUGCGGUGGGCCGCGAUGUGUGUCGGCUGCGCAAGGCGUACUAUGGUGCGCGGCACGAGGCCGCCGUCCAGAUCGACGAGAUCGUGGGCGAGACGGCCAGCGAGGCGGACAGCUCCGAUUCGCUGGAGCGAGACCACGCCCACCACCACCAUCACCACGGCAGCGGCGGGAGUCACGACAAGGACGACGACGUCAUCCGCUGCAUCUGUGGCAUGUACAAGGACGAGGGACUCAUGAUACAGUGCGAGAAGUGCAUGGUGUGGCAGCAUUGUGACUGCAUGCGUCUGGAGGCGGAGGUGGAGCACUACCUGUGUGAGCAGUGUGACCCUCGCCCUGUGGACCGGGAAGUGCCCAUGGUGCCUCAGCCCAGCUACGCCCAGGUGGGAUCCAUCUACUACAUCUGCCUGCUCAGAGACGACCUGCUGCUACACCAAGGUGACUGUGUGUACCUGAUGAGGGACAGCAAGAGGACCCCUGAGGGCCAGCCGGUGCGUCAGUCCUACAGGCUGCUGUCCCACGUCAACAGGGAGAAGCUGGACAUCUUCCGCAUCGAGAAGCUCUGGAAGAACGAGAAGGGGGAGCGCUUCGCCUUCGGCCACCAUUACUUCCGGCCGCACGAGACGCACCACUCGCCCUCGCGCCGCUUCUACCAGAACGAGCUGUUCAGGGUGCCGCUCUACGAGAUCAUCCCCCUGGAGGCCGUGGUGGGCACCUGCUGCGUACUCGACCUCUACACCUUCUGCAAAGGGAGGCCCAAAGGUGUGAAGGAGCAAGACGUGUACAUCUGCGACUAUCGGCUAGACAAGUCGGCGCACCUCUUCUACAAGAUCCACCGUAACCGCUACCCCGUCUGCACCAAAACCUUUGCCUUCAACCACUUCCCCAAGCGCCUGGCCCCCAAGAGGGACUUCUCGCCUCACUAUGUGCCAGACAACUACAAGCGUAACGGCGGUCGCUCGGCCUGGAAGAGCGAGCGGCCGAAGGGCUCAGCGCCCGGAGAGGACGAGGACCGAGGACCGGGAGGCUCCUCCACUCCCUUCCCCCGCGACGCUGAGGAGGUGAUGGGCAGCCGAGCAGCAGGAGGACCAGGAGGACCAGGAGGAUCCGCAUCAGCAUCAGGGCUGGAGCAGGAGGCAGGAGGAGACGCAAGCUCCCAGGAAGAAACAGGAUCGCUGGGAGGGAGACCGCCGCCACCGUCAGGGCCCCAACCGUCAGCAGACGGAGAGGAGGAAGAGGAGGACGAGCCCGAGGAGGAAGGGGAGGAGAUGGAGGAGCGGCGCGAGCUGGGGGAUGUCUCCUCGGCCGACAGACCCGAGGGGUCAGAGGUCACGCCUUCUUCACUGUCGUCGUCGCCACUUCACCACCACACGGGGGCGCCCAUGAGCAGGAGAGAGGCCCAGAGGGACCGGCUCAACAAGAUCCUGCUGGAGAUGCUGCAUCGGGCACCCAGCAAACAGGUGAUUGACGUGACCUACCUGUUGGAGGAGGGCUCUGGGAGGAAGCUGCGCAGACGCACGCUGGGAUUGGGCGACCUGAUAGGCAGGAAAUGACAUCAUGACCAACCCUGCUAACCCUGGCAAGCUUUGUUUCCCUGUCUGUGGCCGGGUUGAAAGAGAAAAGGGAAGGCGAGCGAGGAGAAGAAGAGGGGAGGAGAAGCGAAGCGACAGAAGCAAGGAUGGAGCAGAGACGGAGAGAGAGAGAGACGGAUGAAAACAGAGGUCUCUUUCUUUUUCUGUGUGCUGCCACAGCUACACGAUUACCCCCUUUAGAGGGUGCAUAGGAAGAGAUCGUUUCUCAGGGCAACAUGGCGGAUGUUUCCAUAGCACCCAGGUGCCCUGACGUUUUCAAACCCCCCCAAGAAGAUGCAAUGAGUGUCAAAACAAAACACACAAAAAAUAAAACAAAACAACACAUAGGAACCUGACUUUUUUUUGGGACACUUUACAGAGACCUCUAUGACGCAAACUUAAAGCAAACAUUUAACGAAGAAGAAGGAAAAAAAGCUGAAAUGAAAACAAAAGCCUUGAACUGAAUAAAUAAAAGACUUUUAAAACUCCCAAAGGGACUCAGACCUUAACCAGAGGAGAUGGCCGAGAAAACGACAAGCAAAGGAGGAGAGCCUGGGCCUUUAUGCCUUCAGCCCCUGUUCUCUCUCCAUAGUGGACAUGCACGGGGAAAGGAGGAGAAAACGGAGGGAGUGAGGGAGGGAGAGAGGAAGAAAAGGAGGAGGAGGAGGAGGAGGGGAGGCAGAGAGGCUCCCAGUACCAGGUACUGAACUUAGGGAUGCACAGCGGCAAAACAGCAGCAGGAAACGAAAUGGGGCUGUAUCGCCCCCUUGUGGCCCAUAGUGGCUUAGGCCAGAUGAGCCGUUGCUUUUUGGUCCCCAUCAAGACAAGUGUGUUGGGAUAAAAAUGUUGGGUUUGGGGAUGGGGUUGGCGGGGUUGGGGUUUAAGCAUAGGACGCUGAAUAGGCAUAGGAAGUGCAGUGUAGCACGCUUAUACACUGCCAAGAGAUAAAGGAGAAGGAGGAGAGGAGAGGAGAGGAGAGGGGGAUGGUUUUAGGGAGGAGAUGAGAGGACCUUAUAUAGGAGGAGCUUUGGCUAAACUGCACUUUUGACACCAUGGACAGCAGAGGCUCCCAGAACGCAACACACACACACAUGCACACACACACACACACACCCAGUAUUGUAAAACAGAAGAUAAAACAUAGCAAACAACAAGAAAAAAACGACAAAAAAACAAACAAAAAAUUACAGAUGAAUUACUAAAUAUACUCUCUCUUUCUUUGUUUUCCUUAUCCUGUUUUACUGUAAUACUCUUAGGAAGUAUUUGGAGAGGAAGGUCGGGGGUGUCUGUCAAGCAGAGCUUUUUCGUGAUUGGUCUGUGAGUUAACUAUAGUCCCGCCCUGUGUUUUUUGAAGUUGUUCAACUUCACCAGCGAAUAGGAGGAGAGAACAGAUUAGCGAACAGGCUAUACGGGGAGGUUGGAGCUGGUCUGAGUUUCGCCUUAUGAUGCCGUGGUCCUUGACUGGUGUGUGUGUGCGCACGCGCGCAGCGUGUGUGUGUCUGACUGUGACUGACUUUGUAUGCAUAUGCGUAUUUAUGCGUAUGUGCUAGAGUAUGUGUCUUUGUGUGUGUGUGUGUUAGUGUUAACACCAUAAUUCUUAAAAACAUGAAAAGAAAACAAUAUCCAAGGGCUUGACAGCAAUGAUAAAAAAUAUAUCAACGGUUCAAAUUAACAGGCGAAACGGUAGAAGUGAAUGAAUUAUGACAGAGACGGCGAAAGCAGUGCAUCUCGUGAUGUCAGGUCUUCUGUAAGGGGUUCAAGGGGGUUGUUGGGAGGGGGAGGGGGAGAAGGGGACAUAUCGGUUCUUUUGAAUCCUUUCUUUCCUGGUGUUUUGUUUUUUUCUUCUUCUGGUUGCCAUGGAGAAUGUUAAUAACAGAUUGUGAUGAUGAGAUUUUCCUUUCCCUUGCACCUGUGCGAAAUGACAGGUGUGUGUAUGUGUGUGUGUGUGUGUGUCUGUAUGAGUGUGUGUGUGUGCGCGUGUGUGUGUCUAUCCCUCUUGGCAAGGACGUAAAGAGAGCGAGAGCAAGAGAGGGAGACAGGGAAGGCUAAAAUAAUAAAAACAUGAAACAAACAACUGACAGGACGGAGCGUUGUAUAGUGCCAAGCUAUGUACAUACUGACUGGGAAAAUGUGAGGGGAGUCUCCUAAAGCAAUAUCUUGAUAAUGGAUUUUGUUGUAUUGUACAGGAAUCAACCUUAUAUGUAUUAUUAUUAUUAAUUAUUAAUUAUUAUUAUUAUUAUUAAUUAUUAUUAUGCCAUUUGUAUUUCUAUACUCGUCACAAGUAAGCUUGGGGUGGGAAGGAAGGUACCCAGUGGUUUUGAGCAACCAGAACGAUAUGAAUCCCGUCGCCUAAGAAAAAAAAGACUCCUAAUUCAAUGUAACUUGCAUGAGCAAAAAGGAUUGUCAAAAAGUAUCAACUUUCUUGGAAGGCAUUUGGGGGGGAAUUUUACAGUGAAGCUGACAUGACAUCUGUCACUGUAGCUAUGGAGAUAUUGACCAUAUGAAUUAAUUAUUUACUUCUUUUUUUUGUCUAGAGGAGAUUGAACAAAAGUGGCUCCUCGUUUUUGCUGCAAAGUGUUGAACACUAAAAAAACAAAAACCCGUGAUAUUUCUGAACUUGACAGAACCCAGAGGCGAUUAACUGUCAGUGCCGGAUAUCAUGUUCUUAAUUUCCUUUUUUUUUUUUUUUUUUUUCUUUUGUUGUUUUUUU